AUGAGCGACAUGAUCAAGGAAGAGCAGACGAUCGCCGGACAGGAGCAUGCCGAAGGCAGCGAGGACUCCAGUUCGGCAAUUCGCAGACGCUCUUCGUUCGAGGGCCGUGAAUCAAAGAGACAGCGUCAGUCACUGCUUUUGCAACUCCUCCCAUCGCAGCAACAACCGCAACCAUCAACACACGCCCGCGCAACUCCCUACCUCCACCUGCACCGUCCCCUUCCAACACGCACACUUGUUGCUGCUCAACCGUCACACAGUGUUUCCUCGAGAAGUUCUUCCAACAAGAACCUCGCCAUGGCUGACAUCAAAUCUGAACCUCAAGGCACCCAGAGUCUCCCACCUCCUUCUCUGCCUCAGCUCGUAGCCGAGCAGCACGUUCCCAUUCCUUCGAGCGACAAGGACUCACAGCGUCUCAUUGUCGUGCUCUCCAAUGCUAGUCUCGAGACCUACAAGGCCUCGUCGGGUGGCCGCGGUGGUGCCAAGGACGACAAGUACUCGCUGCUCAACAGCGACGAGCACAUUGGUGUCAUGCGCAAGAUGAACCGCGACAUCUCGGAUGCCCGUCCCGACAUCACCCACCAGGUAGCCGACUUUUUUCUCUUUUCGUCGCUUCCCUCCCCUAACCAAUGCNNGCAGUGUCUCCUUACCCUGCUCGACUCGCCUCUCAACAAGGCCGGCAAACUCCAAAUCUACAUUCACACAGCCAAGGGUGUCUUGAUCGAAGUCAGCCCCACAGUCCGCAUCCCCCGUACCUUUAAACGUUUCGCCGGUUUGAUGGUUCAGCUCCUCCACAGACUGUCCAUCCGUUCUACAACAUCGCAGGAGAAGCUGUUGAAGGUCAUCAAGAACCCCAUCACCGAUCACCUUCCUCCCAACUGUCGCAAGGUCACUUUGAGUUUCGACGCUUCCGUCGUUCGUGUGAGCGACUACAUUGCCGAUCUCAAGCCCAAGGAGAGCAUCUGCGUCUUCGUCGGUGCAAUGGCCAAGGGUAACGACACUUUCGCCGACGAGUUCAAGGACGACUCGAUCAGUAUUAGCAACUUCAGCUUGAGUGCCAGUGUUGCCUGCAGCAGAUUCUGCCACGCUGCCGAAGAAGUCUGGGACGUCAUUUAG